CUCCCUAGGGCUUUUGAGCGUCCUUGGAGCGGUGCGUUGCGGCGAUCGCAAGCGCUAAUAGCGGAUUUCUUCCAAUGAGCGAGAGCUCUGGCGGCAUUUUGCUGGAUCGGUGAGAAAUUAUGCGCGCCUUCGGCCGGAUUGGAGGCGCACACCGGGAUGAGAGUAGAAAUGGCUCGGAAUCUCUGGGGAGUGGCAAGAACGCUCGCGCGCGAGCUCAGGAGAGACAGGCAUCGCAGCGUUUGAAGCCGGAGAGAUGGAAAUCGGCGUUCGACAAGGAUGGAAAGGUCGUUGGCUUCUCCAAAGUUUUGAAGCUCAUUAGAUUGGGGGGAGUGGAUAAUUCGAUCAGAUGCGAAGUCUGGGAGUUUUUGCUGGGAUCUUAUGGUGUGGGAACGACAUGGGAUCACCGUAUGGAAACUCGUAUCGCACGCAGGAAACGAUACAAGGAGUUGAUCGAGAAAUGCCGGACGAUGCAUGUCAGUAUCGGGACAGGAACUCUCGCCUACAAUGUUGGAUCCAAGAUCAUGGAUGCUCGGACAUCAAGGCAAGGUGCUCCUGAGCAGAUCACUGUAGACUCUACGCAUUACGAGACAAAAGGAAACAGCACCAGUGCCGAUGCGUCGCUCAGUUCAGGAACUGGUAUGGAGUCUUACGAGAUGAACGCCGGGUCAAAAGCUGGAGGCCUGCCACUCAAGACACUGCUGCUCCACGCUGACAACGAACCUUCUAACUCGGAUCACUCUCCCGGCCGUAUUGGUCCCAACAGUCCAAACGUUUUGCAUUUCAAGUUUUUCCAUCAGAGUCCGAUAGAGGUUGGGAGAAGCUCCACAAGGAUUUGGACCAACAGGGACAGACAUGAAAACUUCAGCAGGGUGAAGAGAGCUCUGGAUACAGGAAGGAACAUCUCUGGUGGGCCUGCUGGGAUGCUAUCACCAAAUUCAGUUCCAUUUCAAAGGGCUGCUGCCACCGAAGAGCGCACCGCGGAGUGGCUGUGGACGUUGCAUAAAAUAGUGAUCGACGUCGUGAGAACUGAUCGCCACUUGGAGUUCUACGAUGACUCGAGAAACAUGGCGCGCAUGUCUGAUAUCCUGGCCAUCUACGCGUGGAUUGAUCCUGAAACUGGCUACUGCCAAGGAAUGAGCGACUUGCUCUCACCUUUUGUGAUUCUCUUCGAGGAUGAUGCAGACGCGUUUUGGUGCUUUGAGAGCCUCCUGAGGAGAAUGCGACAAAACUUCCAAAUGGAGGGGCCAACGGGUGUGAUGCGGCAACUAGAAGCCCUGCCCAAAAUCUUAGAGCUGAUCGACGCACGCGUCUUCCGGCAUUUGACUCUUAUCGGGGCAGACAAUUUUCUAUUUGCCUUCCGUAUGCUGCUGCUUCAUUUUCGACGUGAGCUUUCUUUCGAAGAAACGCUUUGCAUGUGGGAGAUGAUGUGGGCUGCUGAUUUCGACCAUGCCAUGCUAUGGUCAUUUGAGAGCGAGCCUCUAGAACCUCUCCAAAUCAAGCCACCGUCAAGAUCACUGCUGGAAAGGAUCCAGGAAGACGACUGCAUGGACUACUACUGGACGAAAAUCUCGCCGUUCACAAGUCCCCUGCCAGCCUCGGAGGAUCCACUCUCGCAGAGCAGCAAGAUCACCUACGAAUCCAAGAGUCCGCUCUGCGGGCUCGUAACUUCGUGGCCAAACUUUGGCCGUCACAGGAUACGCUCCGGGAUGAGCUUUGGGAGGAACGGGGACAGUGAGAUCUCCGUGUUUGUGGUCGCUGCCAUCGUUGUUAUCAACCGCGAGAAGUUCCUCAAGGAAGCACGCUCCAUGGAUGACGUGAUCAAGAUGUUUAACGAGAUCCAGCUCAAGAUCCAAGUGCGCUCGUGCGUUCGAGCAGCGAUGAAAAUGCGAACCAAGUACCACCAACAGCUCUCCAAGCGAGGAACAGGAAAGGCAAAAAGAGCCUCUUAUAAAAUGUAACAAAGAAAACUAUAGUGUUUUGUUGGACAGAGAAUUUGUUAGGGCUUUAAGAAAGAAUGAGACGAGUGAAUCUCUGGCGCGGCGCGCUUGGCCGAUCGCCAUGCCGCUGCCGAUCGAUGUC